AAAUAAAAUAAUAUGUUAGUUCUAAUUGUUUCACUAUGUCAUUAUUUUUUCAGAUGAAUACGAGAUUGGUUGUUUUCUUAGCCUACUGCUUCGUUUUGGUAACUUUGGUAACUUCUUUACCAGCAAAUCCGGAGAAAGCAGGUAAAUCAAAGAAACAAAUAGAAGAACGAUUCUCUGAUAUGUGUGCUGAUUUGGAAGAUGGUUCUAUUGGAAACAUCGAUCCUAAGUUUGAUGAUGUGUUCAAGAACCUAACCCAAGCAUGUGUGACAUUUUUGGAAAUAGAGAACGACGUGGCAGUUGUCGAACAGUACAGCCGCAGCUCUGGUGAUUCGGAUAGUGAUUAUGGCAAAUGGCCAGGCGGAGGAUGGAAGGGAGGUAAAAAAGGAGGAAAAAAGGGAGGGAAAAAAGGAGGCAAAAAAGGAGGUAAAAAAGGUGGGAAAAAAGGUUGGGGGAAACGCAAAACUAAUUUCAAAGUGAGAAAGUCACCUGCUGUCGUUUUUCUGGAUUUUUGUGAUGAACUGGACCAAGCUGUUAAUGAAGGGGCUGUGGUUGUUAUGUCCAGUGAGCUGUCAUCUAUCAUGGAAUCAGUCGUGGAUUUAUGUGAAGAAGCCGGAGCUCUAACUGAAGCAAAUUCUUAA